UCUUUGAAAUCCAGCGUGUAUUUCAAACUUGCAGCACAUACUCAACUAGCCAUCUAGCCAGUGCUCAGUGGAAGAGCCUCACGGGGCCAGUGGCUGCUGUCCUGAACAGGGCAGGCCUCUGGUAGAGGGAUUUGUGUCUAUAAAGGCAGAGAGUAAGGAACUGGACUCAUAUUCAUCUCCCCAACUUCCUGCUAAGCUAUUUUCAAGUCCACCUCUUCCAACAAAGCCUUUUUCUGACUCUAACUUUCUGAAACUGAUUCACCCCACCAACACACACAUUCCACCCACACCUCUUGGGACUCAUGGCUAUUUCAGGUCGCUUAAUUUUUCAUGAGAAAAACGCAAGUCUUUCAAUACACAGGGCAUGACCAUUAAUAUACUUUGAAAUAAAUUGAGAGGCUGACACUCAGGACUUCUUCUCAUGAAAUAGGCUAGAAUAGAUGAGAAACUGUCAAUUGGAUUGCACCCCGUGUCCUGAAGACACUUUGUGAAACGUUUUAUUUAUGUGAAUAUAUGUGUAGCUGUCACAUUGUAAAUUGUACAUCUUACUCUGAGGAAUUUGGUUAAAAUUUUUUAAAAAAGCAAAUUCUUGAAUAAAGCCACAGUCUCCAGAAUUCCUGGUGAUGGAGAGUGAAUGUGUUUUCGGCUACUGACUCCCCGGAAACGACUUUUGGGGAAGUGAGAGUCAGGGCUGGGCUGGUAGCUGCUUUUAGUGGCUCUCCCACCCUGACCCUACUCAGAAGUGAGUGCCUUAGGCUACGGAGGACAGAGCAGCCACGAGAGAGAAGCUGCCACUCCACCCUCCACACCUGUCUGCCUGGCUUCUGCUUCCCAGCCAGCCGCUUGAAGCCCACGACCAAAGGCAGGGGGAGAGCAGGGAGCCUGCCCAAGCUCUUGUGUCCAGGCGAGGUGCUUUAGAACUAGAAUGCCCGCACUUGAAUUUCAGACCCUGGAUCCAAACUGCCUACUGCAUCAUUAGAGGGGAAGCCUGCCCACGACAAGGAUCCCGAGGCCAUGGAUUGGUUGAAGGACCAUUUCUGGAUCAUCUUGGCUGUGGCCAUCAUCUUUACCUCUGUGAGCCUGGGCACCAUCCUGUUCUUUGUCUGUAGGUGUCUGUUUAGACAAGGCAAUAAAUGGGAAAUUUCCAAGUCCUUGAAACAAAAGCAGAGAGAUGAAGAAACGAUGUAUGAGAAUGUUACGGAACAAUUCUCAGUUCAAUUACCCCCUCUGCCACCCAGGGAUAUGCUUUCCCCAGAAGUUGCCUCCCCACAGGAAACCCCAAGUCGGCCCACACCAGCUGCAUACUCUUCAGUACACAAAAUUAGAAAUAAGAAGACAAUCACCGCCCCAAGCUAUAUUGAGCCUGAGGAAGACUAUGAUGAUGUUGAUGUCCCUGCCAAUACAGAAAACCAUCAUCUUAAAUCAAACAUUUCUUCCUUUUGGCAAGCAGAAGACGGUUCACAGAGCUUAUUUUAAAAACAAACAAGAAUGGUUGAAUUUCAGUAAGUGCCCAGGUCCGAAAGCCAGUGGUAACAUUAUGGAGGUCUAUAAGAUAAACACUUUCUGAAUCAGAUGGAGGAGCAUCAGUGAUCAGAUAACUGCAGCCAGAGGAAAGCUGCCUGUGCUCAGCUCUGAGAAUGGAGAGUGGUCAGGCCUUGGGCUUCUGCUGAGCGAGGUUCCAUGUCGAGGCCAAUUGAACCCUGCAAAGCUCUCCCCGCUUCCCUCCGCCCCGAGAAACCACUCAGUUCCCGGCAUUCUUCCCAUUUGUGUGGUUCUAAGUGAUCUUAAAUCUUGGUGUUUGAUUGUAUGAGCGUCCCAGGCUCCCAUCCCCUGCACAAGCCCCUACCCUCUCCACCCACCUCACACAUUGAGGGGCUGUGGGUGGUAGUUACAGCUAAGCGCUCUUGCACACAAGUCACACAUCACACCUUGUGCAUUCUUCAAGGGUGGGGUGUGCUUCUUGUUCUUGUGAACCCUCCCCACCUAUACAACCCCAAGCCCCAGGGCCUCUCUAUGACAUCGGCCAAACUAACCACAGAGAUCCAAGUUUCCAGCCAGAGUUUUUUCACUGCUUCCUGGCUGCACCAUAACAAUCAACAAAGAACAGAAGUCAUCUUCUGGACCACGGGACAGACGUUACCCAUAGGGGUGUUGACUUUGCAAUAUGUGUACUGGAGGAAAGAAGGUUUCCCCAGGAAAAAUCAUAGGGAACAGGAAAGAAAGGGGCGAGUCAGUGGCAGAUUCAAGAUGAAAGUUCAGGGGUCUUUAAUACCCUCCUCUGAUAUUUUCAUUACUGCUUUCUCCCUUGUGUAGCAUUCAAGACAAACAGCAUCAUAUCCUCCCUGCCAGAUUCCUGUCCCUGAGUGACUGGGAGGCAGAAACUCCAGUUCAAUAUGCUAUACCUAAUGAUACAUCCGGGGAGUGGGCUGCUGUCCAGUUAUACGAGUGUCCUAGUGGGGUCGCCAAGGCCCGAGUCAGCUUUGUAGGCUCCUGAAACUCAUCGAUUCCUUCAAGUUUAUCUGCUGACACCUGAAGACUUGACACUGUCUAGCCAGACUCACAGGAUGCUGACUUCUAAGCAAUUCCUAAGAAAUCCAGGUAACAGGCUUGCAGGGCGAGCAGCAGGAACUGGUGGAAAAGGCCCAGGAGUGACACCUGGACUGAGCUCCUCCUUGAGAGAUGGGAAGCGUGUACCUGUCAUCCCCCUCAACCACUAACCACUGCUGGACCAGUGAGGACCUGUGCUUCCUCCCAGGUUUUCUCUUUCUAGACUCCAUAGAAACUUCCAGCUCCUUGUAAUACCUCCUUGUUUUAGACCAAUGGUUCUCGAACUAUGGCCUUAGGGAAUUCUGGUAUUCUGUGAGCCAGAGAGGACUCACUUCUUAAAUCCUAGAAAAAACCCACGUGCCCUAGAGCCCGAACAGGACAACUACUGAAGCCCGCACGCCUAGAGCUUGUGUUCCAUAAGAGAAGCCACCUCAGUGAGAAGCCAAGCACUGCAAUAGAGAGUAGCCCCUGAUUGCCACAACUAGAGGAAGCUGCACAAAGCAAUAAAGACCCAGCGCAGCCAUAAAUUAAUUAAUUACAUUUUUUAAUUAUAGGAAAAAAAUGGCUAAAGGAUAGAAGUGUUUACCAAGCAUGCUUUCCCUUUUAAAAUUUCCACAAACCAUCCACAUCUACACCAAAAGUUAAAAAGUAAAUACCAGACAUGUAUAAACUACUCCUUGGUUUCUGGGCCACUACCAUCUCCUGGUUCUCCUCCUGCCUGACUGGCCUGUCUCCAUCUUUGUAAGAACUCCUCCUUCUGAAACAUCUCUUCAAUGCCAAUCUUUCUCAGGGUGUUGUCCCUGCAUCUCCCUCCAAACACUCAUGAGUGACCUCAUGGCAUCUCACUGCUCCCUGCAAUUGGCCCUAGUGAAAUACUUCUCACUCUGCAUUAUAAUUGCCUAGUUAAUUCUUUAUCCUCCUUCCUAACUUGGGAUUCUUUGGGGUGGAAGCUGUCUGGCUCACCACUAUAUUUCCAGUGUCCAGCUCAAACCCUGGCAUAUAUUAGGCACUUAAUAAAUAUUUAUUGAAUGUUGAUCAUUAAUGGAAAAUCUACCAGUGUGACAAAAACAAAUCAUUUUUCUCUGGGCCUGUGUAACUUGGCUGAGAUUUUAUACAGGACACCUGUAAUAAAACCAUGUUUUCUACCAACAAA